GCAACUUGUCUCUCCAUACCACAACUCCAGACCACUUUACUACCUCUCCCUCCACAAUGUCUUCUCCUAAUAACGUCCACACCUUCUACGCUGAUGCCGUCCUCUUUGACAUGGACGGUACACUCACCGACUCUAUCGCAGCCGUAGAGGCAGCCUGGGGCAAAGUUGCCAAAGACAUCGGACAGGACCCAGCACAUGUCAUCGCCGCAACCCACGGCAAGCGCGCUGUCGACAACCUUUCCGCCUUCAAGCCCCAUAUCAAGCAGCAUGAAAUGGAGGACGCUGUCCAAGACUUUGAAGAAACCAUUCUCUUCUUCGCCGACGCCUACAACCUUCACGGUCCUGGCUCGCAGCCCGAAUCACCCAUCAACAGCCCCUGGGGUGUGAGGACGCCAGCAGAUAGCUCCGGGAACGCAACCCCUGACUUGACUCCUGGCAGCUCAGCACCCAGUUCGCGUGCUUCAUCGUUCGCAGCUGCUGGUGCCCGUCGUCCAUCGUUUGCGAGCAGACUUAACAGUAUGCUCACGAUGACCGCUGUUCCUGAGGCGAGCAUCUAUGGUCAGCCGCCGCAGUUCGACAGCCCUAUCAUGGAAGAGGACCAGGAAGAGAUUAUCACUAUUGAAGCCAACAAGGCCAAGCGCGAGUUGCAUCGUCUUCAGGCGUGGCAGAUCGAAGCCGCAGGUGUAGACCGCAGCGUGAGGAUCCUUCCUGGUGUGAAAAGGAUGAUGGCGAGCAUCCCUCAGGGGAAGUACGCUGUAGCAACUUCUGGCGCUAAGACUUACGCGUAUGGGUGCAUGACUCGCGUCGGUAUCACACCUCCUAAAAUUACUAUUACUGCCGACGACAAGCGUCUCAAAGCUGGCAAGCCCGCCCCCGACCCCUUCUUGCUCGCCGCUAAAGAGCUCGGAUACGAUGCAAAGAAAUGCGUUGUGUUCGAAGAUUCGCCAAGUGGUAUCAAAGCAGGCGUGGCUAGCGGCGCUACCGUGAUCGCUUUGUGCACGAGCCACGAGAGGCGUAAGAUCGAGAACGCAGGUGCUCACUAUCUUGUUGAGAAUAUGGAUCAUGUCGUGUGCGAACCUCAGGGGGAUGGGCGGUUGAAGUUCACCGUGACCUUAUAGGGUGUUGGUUGCUUGAGCGCUGGCCGCUGGUGGUUCGAGUGGUUGAGCGGAGGACUCCUACGGUGGAGUUGUUUUUGUAUCUUGUAGCGAUAGUGCCUGCCUUCUUGGCUAUGAUCUCCUCUCUUGUCUUGUUUAAUGUCCUAGUACUUACUCGUCCACUUUCGCACACAUGCAUUAUCUACAGAUUAGACCGCAUCUCACAUUAAUAGAUUUUCUGUCUACGUACAAAAAGCGCAACAAACAAAAUGUUAUAUAUUUUCCUGCGUCAUAUCAUAAUCUUCAAAUU